AGAUCAGCUGUCACAGUCCACCCUCUUUGCUUUGAUGCCAGAGCAGGAAUGUAAGUUAGUCAAGAAUAUCUCAGAUUGAGUGAUUGAGGUGUUGUGUUGCUGGUUGUAAUAAUGAACAUAGUGGUCGUCAUUUACUCCUGACAUCUGAGCAGCUGAAGAUCCAGUGGAUUACGUUUGUUUGUGAAGGGAAUGCACCUCCCGAUCUACAUAUAUCCGUCUAUGUUCGCGCGACUCAUUCGUGAUCCAGCUUCACUUACAGCAGAAAGAGAAGAGAGGGGCGGGGCAAGCAGAGCUCAUUUCCAUUUAAAGCAGCCUCAACCAGAAUGGGAUGAUUUUUGCGGAGCUCAUUUUGACAAGACCCACCAGCGUUUAAAGUGGAGAAUGAAGUACUAAAUGAAAUGGAAGAGAAAGAUCAGUAUGAGAACCAUCAUGAAUUCAGAACUGAAGAAAAAUCUUUUCAUUGCUCACAAUCUAAAAAGACAUCCUCACAAAAAAGAGUUGAAAAAGUCACUGGAACUAUAAGUUGUUUGACCUGCUUUCAGUGUGGAAAGCAUUUCACUCAACAUAGAAAGCUUAAAGCCCACAUGAGAAUUCACACUAAGGGAAAGCCUUACACAUGCCAUCAGUGUGGAAAGGGUUUUGAUCAACAUGGGAACCUUGAAAUCCACAUGAGAAUUCAUACAGGAGAAAGCCCUUUCACCUGUCAGCAGUGUGGAGUAAGUUUCACUCAAAAAGGAAGCCUUAACAGGCAUAUGAGAAUUCACACCGGAGAGAAACCUUACUCAUGCCAACAGUGUGGAAAGAGUUUUGAUCAACAAGGAAAUCUUAAAGCCCACAUGAGAAUUCACACUGGAGAAAAGCCUUAUACUUGCCAUCAGUGUGGAAAGAGUUUCGAUCAAAAUGGAAAGCUUAAAGUACAUAUGAGAAUUCACAAUGGUGAAAACCCUUUCACCUGCCAGCAAUGUGGAGCAAGUUUCACUCAAAAAGGAAGCCUUAACAGACACAUGCGAAUACAUACUGGAGAAAAGCCUUAUGGCUGCCACCAGUGUGGAGAGAGUUUCGAUCAAAAUGAAAAGCUUAAGGUACACAUGAGAAUUCACACUGGAGAAAGCCCUUUUACCUGCCAACAGUGUGGACUAAGUUUCAGUAAGAAAUGGACUCUCAAUAGGCACAUGAGAAUUCACACCGGAGAGAAGCCUUACACAUGCCCUCUGUGUGGAAAGAGUUUUCAUCAAAAUGGAAACCUUAAAUUCCACAUGACAAUUCAUACUAAGGAAAAGCCUUACACCUGCCAUCAGUGUGGAAAGAGUUUCGAUCAAAAUGAAAAGCUUAAGGUACACAUGAGAAUUCACACUGGUGAAAACCCUUUCACCUGCCAGCAGUGUGGACUAAGUUUCAGUAAGAAAUGGAUUCUCAAAAGGCACAUGAGAAUUCACACUGGAGAAAGGCCUUUUACCUGCCAACAGUGUGGAAAAUGUUUCAAACGAAAAGGAAACCUUGAUUACCACAUGAUAGUACACACUUCACCUGCCAACAGUGUAGAGUUAAGUUUCACUCAAGAAGCAGUUCUCACAUAACAAUUCAUUUUCAGUCAACAGAGAAACCUUCAAGUUCACAUGAGAAGUCAUACUGAAGAGACCUUUUACCAGUCAAGCGUGUCGAAGUUUUCCAGAAGUUUACUUUGAAAAUGAAUCCAUAUCUGGCUCAUGAGAAUAUAGAGCAGAGUGAAACCAUUUACAUGUGAUCAGUGUGGAUAGAGUUUCAGAUAAACCAAACCCUUAAGCUCAAUCCUUGAGGAUUCACUCGAGAGAGAGAAUGACAUCAAUGUGGUUGGAGUUACACAGACAGGAAACACUUUGGAGUCAUGUAAUAACUCUCAUCUGAGAGAAGUCUUACAUGUCAUAUUACUGUUGAAACACUUGCAGAAACAAAGCAAAUCUUGAGGUUCACACUUGAGAUAAACUUUUCACUUGCCCCCAGUGUGGGAAGAGUUUCAACUCUUAAAGAGUUAUUUCAAAGAUACCUGAAAUGUGGUGAGUUAUUCAAUGUGGCAAAAGUUUUACAAAAAAAGAGAACAAUUUCAAGAAUAAGUUGUGCAUUUAUUCUAGAGACCCUAUUUGUGUUCAUGAUUUCGUUACUCAUUACAAAAACACAUUGUUUAUUCUUAUAUGGGUUUAUAUAUGCAUCACAGCUGAAACAAAUGAAGUAUCAUUAUAGAGUUCCCAAAGGCUUAAUUGUGUUUCAACUUCAGAAAUCUUUAAAAACAAUAUUAUAUAGAUUUAAUAAUUGUGGCAUGGCUUUCUUAACAAAAUAACCCUUUUGUGUUGAUUUUAUGUAACACUCAACUCAAAAAGCUCAUCCAAAGUAGAAUCUUGCUCUUUGAACAACAAUAAAAAGUAUAAUUGAUAAAUCCUAAAAAUUUUUGUUUGUUGAAUAUUUCUCUUUGUAACUUUGCAUGUUGUUAUGCAUAUACUGUGUGUGAGUGGGUCUCACUCUCUCGUUUUUCAGUUCUUUGAUGUUGAGAAUUGUUAUAUAUAAAAGUUUACUUACAAACGUUAAUGCUGUUCAUCAAUGGCAUCUG